AAACCAUCUGGCCAUUUACAUUUACCAGUCUAGCUUUACGUACAGCAAUGAAGCUUGAGGUUGCGGUGAUAUCCAAUUACAUUGUCAAGCCAUCCUCUCCUACCCCCGACCGGCUUCGCCGCUACCAACUUUCUUUCCUUGAUCAAUUGACUCUCACAAUUUAUAACCCCUUGGUCCUUUUCUACCCGGCAAUAUGUGAUACCCAAGCCAACAAAAUCCAUACUUCUGACAAGCUCAAGCACUCCAUUUCCAAUGCCUUAACCUAUUUCUACCCUUUAGCAGGACGGAUUAUGGAAAACCAGUUGUUUGUGGAUUGCAAUGAUGAGGGCAUACCCUUUUUGGAAGCCCGAGUUAAGUGCCAACUUUCAGAUGUCAUAAAAAAUCCUGUUCCUUGUGAAAUUAACAAAUUACUUCCAUUUAAACUACAUGAUGCCAACGAAAUUCCCCUAGGAAUUCAAUUCAACAUUUUUGACUGUGGAGGAAUAGGGAUUGGUGUGUGCAUUUCUCACAAAAUCGGAGAUGCCCUUUCAUUUUUCACGUUUGUGAACAUGUGGGCUGCCAUAGCUCGUGGGGAGAGGAAGUUAGUGGCUCCUGAAUUUGUUUCAGCCUCGCUUUUCCCACCACGGGACCUUUCAGGAUUUAAACCAAGCAUUAGCCAAACAAAAGAACAAAUUGUAACAAAAAGGUUUGUGUUUACUGCCUCCAAAAUAGAGGAAAUCAGAGAAAAAUAUGCCGAUAAUUCACGCUUCGGAAAUCAAACACGUCCAACUCGCAUUGAGGCCUUAUCAGCUUUCAUCUGGAGCCGUUUUGUUACCGCUACUGAGGUAAGAUCAAGACCUGAUACGUUGUGCUCAAUUGUUCACAUGAUAAAUUUACGUACAAGAAUUGACCCGCCUCAGCCAGAAUAUUCUUUUGGGAAUCUUUAUAGCUUUGCAAUGACAUUUCCAUCCAUGGACGGUACUGGAGAAAGUUGUCAUAACCUCGUUACUCAAAUGAAAGACUCCAUAAAAAAAAUCAACAAGGAGUGCGUGAAGAAGAUCCAAGAUGGAUAUAAUCACUUGGACUCUAUCAGAGAGACGGCUGCAAUUUAUGCCAAAGCAGAGAUGCUAACCAUCUCUUUCACUAGUUUAUGCAGGUUUCCUGCAUACGAAGCUGAUUUCGGUUGGGGGAAACCCAUUUGGGUAGGUUCCGCCGCUCGAGACAUCAAUAACGUUGUUACUUUCUUGGACACCGCAGCUUGCAAUGGAAUAGAGGCUUGGGUUAGCCUAAAGGAGGAAGACAUGGCAAAAUUUGAUUCUGACGAGGAAUUUCUUGCAUAUGUCAAUGCUCCAAAAAGCUUGUAGUAGUAAAGAUGAUAACUUCCACUGUUUGUGUCCAAGCUUACAAUGUAUGCUGUGCUCUGUCUUUGCUAAACCACUGGUUUAAAUUAACGUUUGACUGAUUCUACAUUUUUUA